AUGAAGGCUGCUGUGGUAGCCGGAUUGUUGCUGAUCAGCAUUGCGAGCAUCAACGCUGCCACCGAUCGUGUCGUGUGUUACUUUGGCAGCUGGGCAACCUAUCGCAUUGGCAAUGGCAAGUUCGAGGUGGAGGAUAUCAACCCGAACCUCUGCACGCACAUCAUCUACACGUUUGUCGGGCUCGACACGAAGGGCAACGUAAAGAUCCUGGACAAUUGGCUCGACAUAAGCCUCGGUGGGUUCUCGCGGUUCAUGCAGCUCAAGCAGCGCAACCCAAAGGUCAAACUAAUGAUCUCGAUCGGCGGCUGGAACGAGGGAUCGGCCACCUAUUCCACGAUGGCCAACUCGGACCUGCUGCGGGCGGUGUUUGUCGACUCGGUUGUAACGUUUGUGCGACGGUACGGCUUCGAUGGCUUCGACAUCGACUGGGAGUACCCGACGCUGCGCGGCGGUGCUGUUGACGACCGUGAAGGUUACAUCAAGCUGCUGCGUGAUCUGCGUACCCGCUUCGACCGCGAGGGUUUCAUUCUGUCCAUCGGUACGGCUGCUACUGCCGACUACCUCAUAUCGGCGUACAACGUACCGGAGAUCAAUAAGUACGUCGACUUUGUCAACCUGAUGACGUACGAUUUGCACGCCUACUGGGACGCCCAAACGGGUGCCAAUGCACCCUUGUACCCCAAUUCCUGGGAGACUGGAUACACUACCAGCAUGCUGAAUGUGGAUGCGUGCGUGCGCGCCUGGCUCAAGGAAGGGUUGUCUCCAUCGAAGCUCAUCAUGGGUGUUCCCGCUUUCGGACACACUUUCAAGCUCGCUUCAACACAAGAUACGCGCCUCGGCGCACGAACCAUUGGCCCAGGCGAUGCAGGGCCCUAUACACUGGAACCCGGUACGCUGUCGUAUCUGGAAAUAUGCGAGAAACUGAGAGGCGGUGGCUACACUUCCUAUUUCAGCGACGAACAACAGGUACCGUAUGCGUUCCGUGGCGAUCAGUGGAUUUCGUACGACAGCACGUACUCGAUCGCGCUGAAGGUGCAGUUCGCCAAGCGGAUGAACCUGGGUGGAAUAAUGAUCUGGUCGAUAGAGUCGGAUGACGCGAAAGGUAUCUGCGGGGAAGGCCAGUUUCCGAUAUCCUCGGCGGUGUUCAGUGAGGUGUUUGGAACCACGGUCCCUACUGUUACCACAACAACGCCACGUCCUGCGGUAACCACGACUACCUCUACCACAACCCGUCCAACGACCACUACCACCGCCCGACCAACGACCACUACCACCGCCCGACCAACGACCACUACCACAACCCGACCAACGACCACAACUACGAAAAGUCCGAAUGAAAAGCUUGUCUGUCCUGCCUCAGGAUAUCUGAGGGAUCCAACUAACUGCGGACAGUUCUACCAGUGUCUCGCGGGACUCCCUGUACAGCCAAACUGGCUGCUGAAAUGCCCAACGGGUCUCUACUUUGACACGAAGAGCAAUACCUAUAAGGUGUUUUGCCUCUUCAACAACGAUGCGGCCUACCGCGUGGGAGCCGGCAAGCGAACGGUGGACGACAUCAACGGGGACCUCUGCACGCACGUCAUCUACAACUCGAUCACGCUAACGAACACUGGCACGCUGAAGCUGCUCGAUAGCUACACCGAUGAGACCAAUGGUGCCUUCAAACGCUUACAGGCCAUGCGCCUGCGCUACCCGAACGUGAAGUUCAUGAUCGGGCUGGGCGGAAUGACCACCAGCUCGGCCACGUUCUCGCGCGUCGUCAGUGUGGCUGCCCUACGCCAGGCGGCCGUGAAAACCAUCGUGAGCUUCCUCACGCAGCAGUACCAGUUUGAUGGGCUCGACUUCUACUGGCACUAUCCGGUGAUGAAGGGUGGCGUUCCCGAAGAUCGCUCGAACUUUGUCACGUUCAUCGCGGAGCUGUCGGCGAACAUGCGCAUGUAUGGGCUGCUGCUAACGCUGACCGUGGCUCCGACGGACGACUUCUUCAUGUCCAGCUACGACGUGCCGAACCUGGUCCGGUUCGUGGACUAUCUGCACGUAACCGCGUUCAAUUUGCACGCCUUCUGGGACGGCAAAACGGGCCAUCAGGCGGCAAUCAAUGUGAGUGGCCGGGAGGGUUCGACCUACGAGGCGCAGCUGAACGUGGACGCCAUCAUGUCCGGCUGGAUAAAGGCGGGUGCUCCGAGCUCAAAGCUAGUGCUUGGAAUAUCGAGCAACGCGGUCACGUUUAAAUUGCAUGACGAGAAAGACAAUGGUGUGGAAGUGCGCGCUGCCGGUAGGGGAGAACCGGGUCCGUACACCACUACCGAAGGUAUUAUGUCCUACCAGGAGCUGUGCGUUGCUAUGGAACAGGGAGGUUGGACCUCCAUCCUGGACCGGACGCAGCAAGCGUACUACGCACACAAAGGCCGCUGGUGGGUUAGCUACGACGAUCUACCGAUCGUGCAGCUGAAGGGUUCGUACGCCAUUUCGAGGAACUUGGCAGGUAUCGCACUGUUCGAGGCGGAAGGUGACGACGCAGUGAACGAAUGUGGCAAAGGAACUUAUCCGGUGCUGAGGAGCAUAAACACCGGCUUGAACAGAAAAGUGCCCACUGAGAAUGGGGGUAUAACCACUGCGAAACCUACAACUACAACAACGAGUAGAACUACCACUUCCACAACAAGGGCUACCACUACCACAACAAGGGCUCCUACUACUACUACAACAAGGGCUCCUACUACUACCACCACAACAAAGGCUCCUACUACCACUACCACCAAACAGCCGACCGGAACAACACCUCCUCCAAUGCCUCAAUACUGUCCAUCAAAGGGAUAUGUGCGAGAUCCCAGUGACUGCGCCGUCUACUAUAGAUGCAUUCCAAAUGGACUGUUCCUGACGGUCUGGAAGUACACCUGCCCUUCAGGUCUACUGUUCAACCUGACCUCAAGCACAUGCGAGUAUGCUAGCAGGGUGGACUGCUGA